AUGAUCAGUUGUUACGACCCUUCGUCUGCCCCACAUGUGGUCAGCGCUAUACUUGAGGCUGACAUGGGCCUCAACCCAGACAUCGCAGACGAGGGAAUGAUCAAGGUGCCUAUACCCAAGACCACUAAAGAAACACGCCAGACCCUUAUCAAGAAGUGCAAAGAGAUUGCAGAGAGAGCUAAGGUCAAUCUGCGAGGUGCCCGAGGGAAAGGGAUGGACCAAGUCAAACACGCGAAUCUGCCAAAGGACGAAGCUCGAGCCGCUGAAAAGCGGGUGCAGAAAGAGCACGACUCAAUACACAAAGAACUGGACGCCAUCGCACACAAGAAGAUCGAUAGCCUAGCGUAA